AUGGUUCGGAGUCUUAAUGGAUGCAGAGUUACCAACCAGAUCAUGCGCUAUAUCCAAAAUGUGAUAAUUUUUAGUGAUUUUAUUGUAAGGGAUACUGGAAAUUGCAGCCCUAGGUACAUGAGGUGCACCAUUAAUCAGAUUCCUUGCACUUCAGAUCUUUUAAACACAUCUGGCAUGCAAUUGGCUUUAUGGUUCAACCAUUAG